CAGCCCCUGAAAGCCAGAAGCAAGAUGGCAAGGUUGAUCCAAAGAGAUUGUUCAGCUCAGCUAAAAUAAUUGUGUGACUGCAGAGAACUUCUUUGAGUCCUGCCUCCCCAGUUUGUAAUUCCAAAGGAAGAUGAACUGUCUGAAAACAGAAAAUGUGAAAAAAGGCAGGCAGUUUUCUUCCAUUCCUUUAAAACUCCAGACCUCUGUGAUCUCAAACACUGAAAAGAAAGGUUUUAAUUCUCAGUCAAAGAGGUUUCUGAUUAUUCCGAAUGAAAAUCCAGGUCCGGGAUGCUAUAAUAUCACACAUCAAUCUACACUUCUCAAUCAUGUCUCUCAGUCCCGGAGAGGAACCUGUUUUUUUCCUUCGUUGGAUGUACGUAUCGCUCGUCACAGAGUCCCCAGCUAUCCUGCUGCAAAUGCUUACAGCCUCCCACCUACUCUUCAGUCUAAGCAAGACUUUAGCUUGGGCUAUUCCAGCAUGUUUCAACAACCAAUUGCUAGGAAGUUACCCAAAGCAGUCACUCCAGCCCCCAACCAAUACAACGUCUCCCUGAAUGCCUGCAAGAAGGGCCAGAACAUAGGUGCCAAGUCGGCGUUCACGUCCAAAACAAGGCGAGAAUUUCCAGUCAAUAACAAGGAAAGAAUUCCUUCUCCUUGUCAUUACCAAAUUAAAGACACUUUCAUACGGCAGUCACCUGCAGUAUUGGUGUCCUGCUUCAAGUCUAGAACUAUUCGUGAAACCAAAAUGGAGUCACUGAGCCCAGGGCCUGCAGCCUAUCAACGCCCAAGGAGCCCCAUCUCAGUACCGAAGAAGUUGGUUGCCGUGCGAAAGCACAUCUUGAACUUCUCUGCCCCACCUGUUCCUCGUCCCAAAUCUCCCCCUUCACCCGGGCCUGGCCAGUAUGAAAUAGUAGACUACGAAGGGCCCAGCAAACAUUACAUUUCCAGUGCUGUAUUCGUCUCAAACACAGACCGUUGUUUCAGAGAUAAAUUCCACCAAGAAAUACCCGGCCCAGGGGCAUACGACUUACCAGUACCCCAGAAGCAAUCCUUCAUCUACAAUACCAAUAAUAAAUGGGUGCCAGUACUUUGAUGGAGAGGGCCGUGCAAGGGUUUCUCUUGCCAGAGAGAAGCAACCCCCCCAAAUCCAUCAGUUUGGAAUCUUGUAUUCCUUUGAGUGGAUCACUGAGCCAUGCCCUCUUUGCAUUUCACGUGCUAGAAAAACGGUUUUCAAUAGAAACGGAUGACUGUUUACCAUCGACUUCAGGUUAACAAACUCUCCUGGCCGUU